AUGGAGCCUCCAGCCAAGAAACCACGCAAGCUUCUUGACGAUGACAGCUCCAGCGAUUCGGGAGACGAAUCUGGCGGAGUUCCCAUCUCCAAUCAGUCGGAGCCUGCAUUCAAGAUCAACGAAGAUUAUGCUCGUCGUUUUGAACACAAUAAGAAACGGGAAGAGUUGCAGAAGCUGGAAUCAAAAUUAGGAAAGACUUCAGCGCUUGGGAAACGCCGUGAUCGUGACGAAGAUGACUCCGACGGUUCGGAAGAGUCGUCAUCAGAUGAAGAAGAAGAUGAGGAUGGGGAAUUGGUAACGCCGGCCGUUGAUGCAGAAAUUAUGGCGACACUGAACGCGAUUCGAUCAAAAGAUCCUCGCGUCUACGACAAGGACGCCAAAUUCUACACGGCCCUCGAAGAAGAAGAAAACUCAAACACGGGAAAUACAGAGGAAAAGCAAAAGCCCAUGACGCUUCGAGAUUACCAUCGGCAAAAUCUCCUUAGCGGUGCCAAUCUGGAAGAGGACGAUACCUCCGAUGCUCCGAAGACCUACGCUCAGGAGCAAGAGGAAUUGAAAAAUGCUAUCGUCAAAGAGAUGCACGCCACCGCUGAUCAACCGGGCGUUGACGAGGAUAAGGACGAGGACGGGGGAUUCCUAAUCCGGAAAUCGACUACCAAAUCAGCCUCGGAACCCAAGGAGGAAAUCAAGCUGGACGUUGAGAAUGCGGACAAGGACCCUGAGACCUUCCUUUCAAACUUUUUGUCUUCCAGGGCAUGGAUCCCAGCUGGUAGAUCCGAGCUGCAGCCUUUCGAGUCUGACGACGACGAGGAGGAGGAGCGGGCAGAAGCCUUUGAGGAGGCAUACAACUUCCGCUUUGAAGACCCUAACAAGCUGAACGCGACCCUGUUGACCCACGCUCGUGAUAAGACCAACCAACAGUCUGUUCGGAGAGAGGAAAAGAGCGCCAGAAAGAAGCUGCGUGAGGCUGAGCGCAUGCGAAAGGAGGAAGAGAAAAAGCAGCGGGAAGCUGAGAAGAGCCGUCUUCGCAAAUUGAAGAUGGAAGAACUUCAGGAGAAGGUCAAUAAGAUCAAGGAAGUCGCUGGCUUCCGCGCAUCUAAAUUCACCGAUGACGACUGGGCACACUUUCUGGACGAUGCUUGGGACGAUGAUAAGUGGGAGAAGGAAAUGCAGAAACGGUUUGGCGAGGACUACUACGCCGAUGAAGAUGCCGCUGGUAGUGAUGGCGAGAGCAAGGGCAAGAAGAAGCGUCCAAAGAAACCUACAUGGGAUGAUGAUAUUGAUAUCAAAGAUCUGGUGCCUGAUUUUGAUGAAGAGGAACCCAAGCCGGCAUUGGAGGAUUCUGAUAUCGAGAUGGAGGAUGAUGCCGAAGACACGAACAAGAAGAGUAAAGCUCAAGAGAGGCGGGAUCAGAAGCGGGAAGCCCGCAAGGACCGGCUCCGCAUCGAGGAGGCAGUCGAUCGCAACCUGGACCUCGACAUUGCUCUUCUACCUGGCGCCACCAAGAAGAACACGACUCGCUUCCGCUACCGCGAAACCUCACCUCAAAGCUUCGGUUUGACUGCACGGGACAUUCUUAUGGCUGAUGAUGCGCAGCUGAAUCAGUUUGCGGGUCUGAAGAAGCUUGCUUCCUUCCGUGACCCCGAGAAGAAGCGCAAGGACCAGAAGAAUCUCGGCAAGAAGGCUCGUCUGAGGCAAUGGCGCAAGGAGACCUUUGGCAAUGAGGAUGGUCCUGUCUUCAGCUUCGGCGGUGAAAAGCCUGCGGGUAAUGCGGAGCAAGCAGACGAUGGAGACAAAGUCGAUAUUCGGGAAGGGGAGCCUAGGAGGAAGAAGAGAAAGAGGUCCAAGAAGCAUUGA